UAAUAAAGACCAAAGAAUUCAGCUGACUGCCUUCAGGAAGUGAAGAAGUUGUUGUGGAGCUGAUUGAGAACAACGGCGGAAUCUCAAGUGAUGGCUGAACCCAGAAUAUCUUCCAUUGAUGGGAAGUUAGCGGAAGAAUUUGCCGUUCCCUCCCAUGUCGAGGAGGUCAAAGAGAAGAUGGCUGCUUUCGCCAAGCAUCACGCUGCAGCGGGUCGCAGGGUGGUACUCAUCACAUCAGGAGGCACCAAAGUUCCCCUUGAGUCCCGCACCGUUCGCUUCCUCGAUAACUUCAGCAGCGGCAGACGAGGAGCCUCCUCAGCAGAGUAUUUCAUAGACUCAGGCUACGCCGUCAUUUUCCUCCACAGGCAUCGCUCCCUCUACCCCUACACACGCAUGUUCUCAACCAUUAACAUGCUGGAUGCCCUGAAUUUUAAAGACGGAGAAGGGGCAUCCAGUAACUCCUGUGAAGUGGUGGUUAACCAGCAGGUACUUCCCAACAUUGCCAAAGCAUUGAGGCGAUACCAGGAAGUGAAAGAAGGCGAACUUCUCCUGCCCAUUGAGUUCAACACUCUGUCAGAGUAUCUGCAUCUACUCAAAGCAGCAGCACAGGCACUCAGCACAAUAGGAUCCAAGGCCAUGUUUUAUUUGGCUGCAGCUGUGUCCGACUUCUACAUCCCAGCAUCUGAGAUGCCUGAACACAAAAUCCAGUCUUCCAAUGGACCUCUUCAACUCAGCAUGAACAUGGUCCCCAAGAUACUGUCCCCGCUGGUGAAGGACUGGGCACCUCAGGCUUUUGUCAUAUCCUUUAAGCUGGAGACAGACGCAGCCAUCCUGCUGGACAAAGCUCGACGGGCUCUGGACACCUACAGGCACCAGGCGGUGGUGGCCAACGUGCUGGACUCUAGGCGGGGUUAUGUGGUGGUGGUGACCCCUGAGACUCAGGCUGAGCUGAUCCUCACAGAGGAGGAUGUGAAGAAUGAGGUGGAGAUCGAGGACAGGAUAGUGAGCAACCUGACGUCAGCACACGACAAGUUCAUAACUCAACAAGGGGUUUGACAGUCAUCGUGUACACAGCAUGUCUGAGUCAGUGACGCAGCUGUGAAGUUGUGUCUGUGUUCUUACCUGAUCCUGAGCUUGGCUUAAAUUCAUACUCACCUGUUGUGCUGAAAAGUUACUGUAUAUUCAGUAUGUUGCAUAACCUUAGUAAUAACUGUAACCAUAAACACGUCAUGCCUUCCCUUGUCCUGUAAACAGUGGGCCUCUGAGCUUUUAGCGGUGUCUCUGUACAGGGACUAUAAGUUACUGGAGGUUUAUCAAAUGUUUAUUCAGACUGUGCAAUGAUCCACAACAAUAAAACAUUUCCAUGUCUUUUCUACAACAGUGACUGACAGUUGAAUAAUCAGCGAUAUGCUUUAUUACACACCUACAAUAAACAAUUACAAGUA